CGUCUCUGUUGCUUCCCUUGCUGUUUCAUCUUUUUGUCUCUCCUUUUUAUCUCUGUCUCUCUUCCCUCUCUUUGCUUCCUUCUUCCUCCUCAUUCUCGGUUUUGGAUCAUCGUAUACAUUCCCGCCAAAUGCAGGCAUAACUUCGGCUUCCUAGGCUCCCGGUUUUUUCGAGCAGUUUUCGAGGUACGCCCAAUCAGAACUUCUUGCCUGUCCGUGAAGAAAGGAAUGAGAAUUCAGAAACCGGGGUUACCAGAUAGAGGGUGCUCUGCGUUUGAUGCACCGGACAUGGAGGUGCCAACAAAAAAAACUGUGAAUGAUUCAAAGGCGUUAACAACGUUUGUGCAAGCUGACACCGAGACUUUCAAGGAUGUUGUCCAACGGCUUACAGGAUCGUCAGAAGCAGCAGCACAUGAAGUAACGACUGCAAAAGGUAACAUUGGUGUUAAAAAGCCAGAAUUUAAGCUCCAUGAAAGGAGACAGUACAAGGCCAAGUUGGAGAUAAUCAAACCUCCUUUGAGUAUUAAGCAAGGAGCAGCUGUUAUGCAGCAAUAUUAUCAGGAGCAGCAGCUUCAAUCAUCGUUAGAGCAACAGAAAUUCUCUCCCUCUGCAUCAGGGAACAAAAAUCGCCAAACAAGCCCUAUGACCACCCCAACCAAGUGUUUCUCAAGCCUGUCUUUAGGAGAAAGCAGAGGUGAACCAGCGGCUUCAGACCUGAAUACACAAGAAGAAGAGAAAGCUAUCAGAGAGAGACGAUUUUACUUACAUCCUUCCCCAAGAUCAAAACCUGGGUUUAAUGAGCCAGAAUUACUCAGCUUGUUCCCUCUAACAUCUCCCAAAACAGGUGAAGACUGAAGAGUCAGGAAUUAGCCAGGUAGCACAUGAAAAGGCAGAAUGCUUUCCUCUUAUCUCCUCUUUCUGACUUCCCGCUUUUAUUGAAUCUUUUCCUCACCCUCUCAGGAAUAGACUCAUUAACAUAUUUCUUGUUAGGCAAAAAUUUAGAGGAUCUCCGUACAAUCACCUAAUUGAAUUCAGCAGAUAGUGAUAACUGGAUAUUUUUGUAACCCGCUGCUUAACCCAACUCCAUGUAAUCACACAAUAUUAUACUUGAGAUAUUUGAGAGUUAAAUUUUCUUA